GGUCAUCCAACUGUCCCCAAUCCAAGCCCAACCAUGUCUAGGGCCACCAUGACUGCCCCAAACUCAACUGUCCCCAACCACAACCAUGAGAAGGGCUCCACCUUCCUGCAGUUGGGCUCCUCCACCGAGCAGCAGCUUCAGGUCAUCUUCGAGGUGUUGGAGGAAUACGAUUGGACGGCCUUCGCCGUCGUCACCACCCUCUUCCCCGGCUACGAGGACUUCGUGGCCUACGUGGAGGUCCUGACCGACAGCAGCUUCAUCGGCUGGGAGUACUUCAUGAACAUCACGUGGGGGCAGAAGGACUUCUCCUUUAACGAGGACGGGUACCUCGUCAACCCCUCGCUGGUGGUGCUCUCGCUCAACAAGGAGCGCACCUGGGAGGUGGUGAGUGGGGGCGGUGACAACGUCCUCGCGGUGUUCGUCGUCGAGCUCACCGCCACCUCUGUCCUUGCGGUGGCCCCCGUGUCCGGCUGUGGCGUCAUGUCCGGCU